CCAAGUACUUGAGGGCGCGUGUGAGCGCAGGCGCAUGCGCGCUCGGUGGCGCGCGGUAGCGCGAGGGAAGGCUCCAGCCGGCUGGAGCUCAGGGGAGCGCGCGUGCGCCGUCGCGAGCUCAGCGCUGCUCUGACCGCCGUGUGGGAUCGGGUGUGAGGGCUCAGUGCGGGCCGCGGGGAUGUUUCGAAAGGCCCGGCGGGUGAACGUGCGCAAGAGGAACGACUCGGAGGAGGAGGAACGGGAGCGCGAUGAGGAGCAGGAGCCGCCGCCGCUGCUGCCGCCGCCGGCCACCGGCGACGAGUCGGGCCCCGGGGCCGGCGACAGGGCCCCCGGGGGGGAGCCACUGCUGGCCGCGGGGCUGCCGCCGUCCUCCGCGCUGAUCCCGGGCCUCGGGGCUGAGGCGGGGAGCGGCUUCCCGGGCAGCGCAGAGCUGGGCAACGGGCUGAAGCCGCGGAAGAGGCCGCGCGAGAACAAAGAGGUGCCCCGGGCCAGCCUGCUCAGCUUCCAGGACGAGGACGAAGAAAAUGAAGAAGUUUUCAAAGUGAAGAAAUCAAGUUAUAGCAAAAAGAUAGUAAAAUUACUUAAGAAAGAAUACAAAGAAGAUCUUGAAAAAUCAAAGAUUAAGACGGAACUCAACUCAUCAGCUGACAAUGAACAACCUUUGGACAAAACAGGACACAUUAAGGAUCCCAGUCAGGAAGAUGGAGUUAUUAUCAAUGAACAUGGCGAAGACGAAAUGGAUAUGGAAAGUGAGAAGGAGGAAGAGAAGCCAAAGGCUGGUGGAGCCUUUUCAAACGCUUUGUCGUCUUUGAAUGUUCUCCGUCCAGGAGAAAUUCCAGAUGCAGCUUUUAUUCAUGCUGCGAGGAAGAAGCGUCAGAUGGCCCGGGAGCUGGGAGAUUUCCCUCCUCACGAUACUGAGCCUGGGAAAGGACGCCUGGUGAGGGAGGACGAGAAUGACGCUAGCGACGAUGAAGAUGAUGAUGAGAAGCGCCGUAUCGUUUUUUCUGUGAAAGAAAAGUCACAAAGACAGAAAAUUGCUGAGGAAAUAGGUAUCGAGGGGAGUGAUGAUGAUGCUUUAGUAACUGGGGAACAAGAUGAAGAGCUCAGCCGAUGGGAGCAGGAGCAGAUUAGAAAAGGAAUUAAUAUCCCUCAAGUUCAAGCAAGUCAGCCCACUGAAGUGAAUAUGUACUACCAGAACACUUUCCAGACAAUGCCUUAUGGUUCAUCCUAUGGCAUUCCUUAUAGUUAUACGACCUAUGGAUCAUCAGAUGCCAAAUCUCAAAAAACAGAUAAUACAGCCCCUUUCAAAACUCCCAGUAAUGAGAUGACUCCCGUUACUAUUGAUUUGGUAAAGAAACAGCUUAAAGACAGGUUGGAUUCCAUGAAAGAAUUGCACAGAACAAACCAACAGCAGCAUGAGAAACACGUGCAAAGCCGAGUGGACUCUUCCAGGGCUAUUGAGAGAUUAGAAGGGUCUUCUGGGGGUAUUGGUGAACGGUAUAAAUUUUUGCAAGAAAUGCGAGGGUAUGUCCAAGACUUGCUUGAGUGUUUCAGUGAAAAGGUACCACUGAUUAAUGAACUUGAAUCAGCAAUACAUCAGCUGUACAAACAGCGAGCUUCCCGCCUUGUCCAAAGACGGCAAGAUGAUAUUAAAGAUGAAUCUUCGGAGUUUUCAAGCCAUUCAAAUAAAGCUCUGAUGGCACCAAAUCUUGAUUCUUUUGGACGUGAUCGGGCACUGUAUCAAGAACAUGCAAAACGUCGGAUUGCAGAACGGGAGGCCAGAAGGACUCGUCGCAGACAAGCCAGAGAGCAGACUGGGAAGAUGGCAGAUCAUCUCGAAGGCCUUUCCAGUGACGAUGAGGAAACGUCUACGGAUGUUACUAACUUCAGUCUGGAAAAAGAUCGCAUUUCAAAAGAGUCCAGCAAGAUUUUUGAAGAUGUCCUUGAGAGUUUCUGUUCGAUUGAUUGUAUCAAAUCACAGUUUGAAGCAUGGCGUUCAAAGUACUACACGUCCUACAAGGAUGCUUACAUCGGCCUGUGUUUGCCAAAGUUGUUCAACCCCCUCAUAAGGCUGCAGCUCCUCAUCUGGACUCCUCUAGAGGCAAAAUGCCAGGACUUUGAGAGCAUGCUGUGGUUCGAAUCUUUGCUGUUUUAUGGUUGUGAAGAACGGGAACAGGAGAAGGACGAUGUAGACGUUGCACUACUACCCACCAUCGUGGAGAAGGUGAUUCUGCCAAAACUAACAGUGAUAGCUGAGAAUAUGUGGGACCCUUUUUCUACAACGCAGACUUCAAGAAUGGUUGGAAUUACACUGAGAUUAAUAAAUGGAUAUUCUUCUGUAGUGAAUGCAGAGAACAGAAAUACACAGGUGUACCUAAAGGCGCUUCUGUUGAGAAUGAGAAGGACCUUAGAUGAUGAUGUGUUCAUGCCCUUAUAUCCCAAAAAUGUCUUAGAGAAUAAAAAUUCUGGGCCUUACUUGUUUUUUCAACGACAGUUUUGGUCUUCGGUUAAGUUACUAGGGAAUUUUCUUCAAUGGUAUGGCAUCUUCUCAAAUAAAACUCUACAGGAGUUGUCAAUAGACGGUUUACUAAAUAGGUAUAUUCUCAUGGCUUUUCAGAACUCAGAGUAUGGAGAUGACAGCAUCAAAAAAGCUCAAAAUGUAAUCAGUUGUUUUCCCAAACAAUGGUUCGUGAAUCUGAAAGGAGAAAGAACUAUUUCUCAGUUAGAAAACUUCUGUCGAUAUCUUGUACACUUAGCGGAUACAAUUUACAGAAACAGUAUUGGGUGCUCCGAUGUGGAAAAAAGAAAUGCAAGGGAAAACAUAAAACAGAUAAUAAAACUACUUGCAAGUGUUCAUGCUCUGGAUCAUGCUAUGACUGUUGCAGGUGACCACAAUGUCAAAGAAUUUAAGUCUUUGAUUGAAGGAAAAUAGAUGCAGGCGACUGGAAAAAGGAAAAUAGAUCUAUGUGACUCAAAAGCCUACUCUUUGCUUGAAUACCAUUCCCAUUGUAUAAAUUUUGUAUAUAUGUAAAGUUUCUUAAACUGUAAAAUAUUGAUUCUUGUUUUAAUACAGAGAGCAUUAUUAUAUUCAAUACUGUGUCCUUAUAUGUGAUUCCUUUGGAAUGAAAGGAGUUCAGAUCAUUUCUAGGAGUCUAUGAACGUUUUCCUUACUGCCUGUCAUACUUUGUUUACAGAAGUAUUUUGUAUGGCCAUUAAAAUUAGCCCUUGCAGUUAAUUGCCCUCUGUAAACAAUGUGUGCAGUGUAAAUUGUGUAAUUAUGCAUAUAUGUAUUUAUACCACCAUGGAGUUAACUUUCACACUGGAAAUUUGGGGUGUUUUUCUACAGAGUAAGCCUUUUAACAGAAAAUUAUUCAGUAGCAAAUCGUCUUAGGGCAGUUACUACACAUUGCAACAAAGGGCUGGCAGGUGAUUAAAUGUCUGUCACCUUUUGGUUCGCAGUUGCUGUCACAGCAGAGUCGAGUUGUGGACUGUGUCAGGUGGGUGGGGAACUUUCUCCCUCGAGUCGGCAUUACAGCGAAAUGUGGAUUUAAUAUGAACUCCAACUAAUAUAUGCAAAAUCGUUCAGGUGGAACACAGAUGUUUAAUUUUUAAAAAUAACAAACCCACAGCUAAACUGCAUGGUUUUGGGCUGACCGUCCUGUCUCAUUCCUGAUCUUACUCCCUGGCCAGCUUACAAAUACAUGCAUUUGAACUUUAGUAGUUUGUCAUUGUAUUUCAGAUCCCACAUAUGUGAGCUAUAUAUGCAAUAAAGAAUACGCCUUGCCGAUUAGCUACACCCAGGCAGUUUACCGUCCCAUGGUCUUCUGUAAUGUUUAUACCACACUGUACAUAUUCAGAGAACUUGUUUUAAAGUUUAUGCUUUCUGAUUCUGUGAUUUUCAAAAGAGGAACUUUUUGGAAAUUAAGGACUAUUGUUUGAUAAUUACAUAUGUAAUUACGCUUUAGCCAUGCAUUAAAUUAAUUUUUAAAUAAUCCUUUGUUGUAUUUUGCUGGUGCCUAUUUUUAGUUAGAGCAUUUUAAGUGACUCUAAUAUACGGGGUCCAUGUGUACCCUUGGUCAAGUUAAGUAAUAUUUAGAACAGUGUCAUGCAUUUUAAUUGCUGUCAGUUUUAUCUUUAUGUAGGAACAUUUGCUUAUUUUUGCAUACUUGUUUUGGAUGAUUUUUUUUGUCAUGCCUUAUUGGCUUAUGUCUUAGUUAUCUAGUGCUGCUGUAAC